AGAUUCGAAGCAGUCAGUGGGGAGGUAUGGAGGUAGUAGAAACCUUGCAGCAGAUAGCACGCAUUCAGGAGGUUUAAUAUGGUCAUUUAUUUGUGUUCAUUUGGAAAAUCAUUAUGCGUUAACAGUUUUCUUGUAUGAAGGAAAAACGAGUCUCAUUCGGUCUCUGACUCAGGAUGCUAAACUGGUGGCCGAAGACAGACUGUUUGCGACGCUUGACGUGACAGUUCACGCCGGUGUGUUGCCAUGUCGAAUGACUGUUCUCUACGCGGAUACGGUUGGUUUGAUCGCUGACGUGCCUGCUGCUCUCAUUCCUUGCUUCUGGGCAACACUGGAAGAAAUUUGUUACGCAGUAAUGGUGUGGUUUCUAUGUAUCUCUCUAGAUACGUCGUUUGCGUUUAUUCUGGCGUGUCAUUUACUUUGUUCGGCCCAUAGACAAGCGUUGUUCCAACAGUGUCGCGUGAAUUGUUCAGAAUUUCCUUAUCACUUCCACUAUUUCCUUCGAUUUGUGGUCAUUUUCAUUCGUUGGUUACCAUUUAACAGUUUGCUCUAUCUAAUUAACUUGAAUUAUUUUAAAACAUAA